AUGAGUGUCUCUGUGCUGAGUCCCAGCAGACUCCUGGGUGGCAUCUCCGGGCUCCUCCAAGCAGCCUCCCUGCUUAUCCUGCUUCUACUGCUGCUCAAGGCAGCUCAGCUCUACCUGCACAGGCAGUGGCUGCUCAAAGCUCUACAGCAGUUCCCGUCUCCUCCCUCCCACUGGCUCUACGGGUACAACCAGGAGUUCCAGAAGGACCAGGAGCUACAACAGAUUCUGAAACGGGUGGAAAGAUUCCCGAGAGCCUGUCCACAAUUGCUAUGUGGGAACAGAGUCCGACUCCUCUUCUAUGACCCUGACUACAUGAAGGUGAUUCUGGGGAGAUCAGACCCAAAGGUUCAUGAUUUCUGCAGAUACGCAGCUCCCUGGAUUGGGUAUGGCUUGCUCCUGUUGAAUGGGCAGACAUGGUUCCAGCAUCAGUGGAUGCUGACCCCAGCCUUCCACUAUGACAUCCUGAAGCCAUACGUGGUGCUCAUGGUGAACUCCAUGCGAGUGAUGCUGAUGAGUCCAUGUCUCUCUCCUCUCCACACACAGACAAGUGGGAGGAGCUUGUCAGCCCGGAAUUCCUCUCUGGAGGUCUCUGAGCACAUCUCCUUGAUGACCCUGGACACCAUCAUGAAGUGUGCCUUCAGCCACGAGGGCAGCGUUCAGCUGGACAGCCUGACACCUGAUGGCCGCUGGAACCACAAUUCCUGCCAGCUCACCCAUCAAUACACAGACCGAGUGAUCCAGCUGAGAAAGGCUUGCUUGCAAGAGCAGGGGGAGCUGGAGAAGGUCAGGGGGAAGAGGCACUUGGAUUUCCUAGACAUAUUCCUCUUGGCCAAAAUGGAGAAUGGGAACAGCUUGUCAGACAAGGACAUCCAUGCUGAGGUGGACACAUUCAUGUUUGAGGGCCAUGAUACCACAGCCAGCAGAGUCUCCUGGGUCCUCUAUAUUCUGGCCACACACCCUAAGCAUCAGCAGAGGUUCCAGGAGGAGAUCCAGGGCCUCCUGGGGGAUGGAGCCUCCAUCACCUGGCCCUGCCUCCUGGACAAGAUGCCCUACACUACCAUGUGCAUCAAGGAGGCACUGAGAUUCUACCCACCAGUGCCAAGCAUUGGCAGAGAGCUCAGAACUCCCAUCACCUUCCCUGAUGGGCGCUCCUUGCCCAAAGGUAUCACAGCCAUGCUUUCCAUUUAUGGCCUUCACCACAAUACAAAGGUGUGGCCAAACCCAGAGGUGUUUGACCCUUCCCGCUUUGCACUGGGUUCUGCUCAACACAGCCAUGCUUUCCUGCCCUUCUCAGGAGGAGCAAAGAACUGCAUCAGGAAGCAAUUUGCCAUGAACAAGCUGAAGGUGGCCACAGCCCUGACCCUGCUCCACUUUGAGCUGGUGCCUGAUCUCACCAGGAUCCCCAUUCCCAUACCAUGA